GGGCUCUAGCAACAGAGAAGCAAAAGAACCCCCCAGUGUCAUUAAUUGCGUCCAUAUUUUCAUACUUCGAAUCAAGCGAGUAAAUCGGCAGGAAAUAGCGAGAGCUCGAAGGGCUCGGAAAGAACUGCCUUUUUACUCUUUGCUUUUUUCUUUCCUUUGGGCCGGUGGAAGAGAGAGCCUCCUGGUGUUGCCCCUCCCCUUUCCCGCUGCUUCUCGGUAGAUGUGCUUGGCUUUUACAACACGUCACGCUGACGAAACUCCGCCUUCCGCGAAGCCAGCGCAUCUUCUCCCUCUCCGCGACUACAAUUGACGCAGCCCUGGAGCGCCGCUUUAUAGGCGUACUCUGAAUCUCAGUCGGCUCACGAGUCGAGCACUCGAGCAGUCGCACACCGCCACCGAAGCCCUACCUCUGAGCGCAAUGGAGGACAGCACCAAGGUUCCGCUGACGCCCGGCUCGGUCAUCAACGUGCCGCUGGGCGCCACGCUGGAGAUGCAGCUUAAGCUGCCCACCGAAUCUGGCAGCGGCAUCAUGGUGCCCGCCGGCUGCGAGACCGACGAGGGCCAGACGGUGAUGAAAAAGACCACGCAGUCCCGCACUGAGACGCAGCAGUCCAAGCGCGUGGCCACUCACGGCGACCAGACGGUCAGCGAGUCCAGUCAAGCCGUGCGAAAGAUGAUGCAGGACACUCGUUCAAUGGUGCACCAGUCUUCCACCGAGUCCAACGAAUCCCAGAGGAUCGUGAAGAAAACGACUGCGCAGCAGCAAAUGAAGUACUCGAAGCAGACCUUCUCAUCAACCAGCAGCUUUGAGUCCUCUCACAACUGAUCUGGCAAGCCGGGGACGGCGGUUUUUGGCUGUGACGACCUCGUGGACCUCUCUCAUUCACUACUCCGUUGAAAUAAUACACAGAGCCUAUUUACUACGGACGUACCACAUCGCUCAAUAAACAAUUUUUAUGUAAUAGCA